AUGACACAGCUGAAAACAACAACAGCCUUGGUGUGCCCCUAUAUAGAAUAUGCCAGUUCAGUAUGGUCACCUCAUAAAAAGAAAGAUAUGGCAGCACUGGAGAAUGUUCAAAGAAGAGCGACAAGGAUGUUACCGCAGAUGAAGAAUAUUGAAUAUGAACAACGACUGAAUCUUCUCAAGUUGCCAACUUUAAAAUUUAGAAGAAUGAGAGGGGACAUGAUUGAAGUAUUCAAAAUACUAAAAGGAAUAUAUGACCCAACAGUUACCACACAACUACUGGAACUAAACAACACCAGCACUACAAGGGGGAACUCCUUAAAGUUAGCCAAAAAGCAGUGCACUAAAGAUAUAAAGAAAUACAGUUUUUCAUACAGAAUAGUGGACACAUGGAAUAGCCUACCUGAACAAGUUAUCACUGCCGCUACAAUCAACCAGUUCAAAAACAGACUAGAUAAAUAUUAG